AUGUCCUGCGUCAAGCCAGGAGCGUUUUUCCUCCUUGUUCUAAAUAUUCUUAUUUCAAACUCAGCAGAACUUCGGGUUUCCUCCAUGUUUUCCAUUCGUGAUGAAUUGAAUGACAUUAUGUUCCAACACGCCUUACUAUUUCAAACGUCAGCACACACGUUGUCGGAAUGUUCGUUAUUAUGUGUAAAUUUGGUCAGCUGUACAUCAUUCCAGAUUCAUCCCCAGCAAAUGCUCUGUCGACUGUACUGGACGCACUUUUUACUGGAUCUUAUAGGCAUUCCUUCUACUGGCUGGAGGACUUAUUCCGACAAUGGCCCUUGUCACAAAGGACAUUACUACACGAGACAAUUCCAGUACUGUCUGCGAUAUGCUGGACACACUUUCCAAAAAUCUUCUGCGUUUCAAACUUGUAACGAUAGAAACGAAACUCUACUAAAAAUUGAUUCGGCGGAGGAAAAUCUUUUUGUGAGCAGUUUAGCAUAUUCAUUCAUUAACAAUACCCUGGGAACAAAAACUCACGAGUUGAUUAUAGACGGAGAGAAAUCAUCGGAUGGAAAAUGGUUAUCGCUAUUUGGGGAUCGUUCGGAGUUAAAAUUCACCAAUUUCUGGUCUGGAGACAUUGAAAGCGUCGGUGAAGGAAUAAUCAUGAUGCCAUACACGAACGGCGAGCUGAAGGGGUACGAGUGGAAGUCUGUGCCUCUCUAUUCAAACCAACGAAUUGUGUUUUGUGGAUAUCAUCCAUGAACGAUACUUCCCUGUGUACGGAGUAUGUACAUGUAUAUACGCAUUUAGAAUGUUAGUUUUGAAUGACAAGAGGAUACUUUUUAUCAAGAGACUGCAAAACAGUAAGGGACAAUCGAAAAGAUGUUUUAUAUUCCUUAUUCUUUGCACCCACACUCCAGCGUUAAACUCACUUUCAAAAUUCACUGAUAUGACGAUGU